UCAGGUUUUUAUGUUUUGAUAUUUUAAUUAUAUCCUAAUCACAACCAAGUGAACUAAAUGGUUAUUAAGAAAUGAGUAUUAAAAAAUAAAACUAAUAUUUGUAAUGAGUGAUAUGCCUAUUUUUUAAACAAGCGAGUUAAAUUUAUAUGAAUUUUUAUAAUGAUAAUGAUAUCUGUGCUUUUAAUGUUACGAAAUGUCUACAUUUUUGGUUACGUUUAUGACAUUUCUAUACAUGUUAGAUUAUUAUGCCAAGGGGUUUGAAACAGAUUGCAAUAAUUUGAGGACAGGGCAGUACUUAUGUCCAGACCCUAGCUAUAACCAUAUAGAUCCAAAAACGCAACAGCCAAGAGAUUGUACCAAAGAAAAUAAGGCAAAGGUGUGGUGUAUAGCGGCAGAUGGUAUUAUUUGUCGGGAAACAAAAAAUGCUUCGUUCACUAAAGAUUAUCCAUGCAAAUGGACAAAUGGAUAUUACUUUGAUACUGCAAUGUUGCUCUCAGUAUUUUUAGGAAUGUUUGGUAUAGACAGAUUUUAUCUAGGAUAUCCUGCAAUUGGCCUUUUAAAAUUUUGCACAUUAGGUUUUAUGUUUGUGGGUCAACUUGUUGAUAUUAUAUUAAUAGCAACUCAGGCUGUUGGUCCAGCUGAUGGAUCAGCAUAUAUAAUUUCUUAUUAUGGUGCUGGAAUUAAUAUUAUCCGCAGUGACAAUUUCACAUAUCGGUUGCCUCAAGAUGAUUGGUGAUUAUUUAAAUAUUGUAAAUAAUAAUAAAAAUACAUAGCAUGUU